GCGGGCGUGCCCCGGAAGCAGUUCUUUGGCCCUGUGACACGUAGCAACGGAGUGAGUUCAGGGUCUUAAGCGUUGUUGGGGGGUUUUGGGGGUUGCUGGAGCUGCUGACGCCGCUACCGCCGCUUCCGCGUUUGGUGAGUGUCUCAGGCUUGUGGCACAUUGUUCGGCUUCUCUUCACUGUUGUGUGACUUGGCUUGUUGCCGCCGCUCGGCGCCGGGUUCCGGUCAUUUCGCUCAGACCCUCACUGCCUUUCAGGCGCUUGCUUUGACGCUGCCCCUGUGCCUCAUUCGCGGCCUUCCAGGAGUCCUCCCUUUCCCGGAAGGCCCAGGCUUUAUUUUGCAAAGAGACAGUCGCCUUGUCAGCAGCAGAGUCUGCCCUGAGAUAAUUUGCAAUGGCAGGGUUUGAUAACUUAAACACGGAUUUCUACCAGACAAGUUACAGCAUCGAUGACCAGUCACAGCAGUCCUAUGAUUAUGGAGGAAGUGGAGGACCCUAUAGCAAACAGUAUCCUGGCUAUGACUACUCGCAGCAAGGCCGAUUUGUCCCUCCAGACAUGAUACAGCCACAACAGCCAUACACCGGGCAGAUUUUUCAGCCAACUCAGGCAUACACUCCAACGACAUCUCAGCCAUUCUAUGGAAACAACUUUGAGGAUGAGCCACCUUUAUUAGAAGAAUUAGGUAUCAAUUUUGACCACAUCUGGCAAAAAACAUUAACAGUGUUACAUCCAUUAAAAGUAGCAGACGGCAGCAUCAUGAAUGAAACAGAUUUGGCAGGACCGAUGGUUUUUUGCCUUGCUUUUGGAGCCACAUUGUUACUGGCUGGCAAAAUCCAGUUUGGCUAUGUAUAUGGGAUCAGUGCAAUUGGAUGUCUAGGAAUGUUUUGUUUACUAAACUUAAUGAGUAUGACAGGUGUUUCAUUUGGGUGUGUGGCAAGUGUCCUUGGAUACUGUCUUCUUCCCAUGAUCCUACUUUCCAGCUUUGCAGUGAUAUUUUCCUUGCAAGGAAUGGUAGGAAUCAUUCUCACUGCUGGAAUUAUUGGAUGGUGUAGUUUUUCUGCGUCCAAAAUUUUUAUUUCUGCAUUAGCCAUGGAAGGACAGCAACUUCUAGUAGCAUAUCCUUGUGCUUUGUUAUAUGGAGUCUUUGCCCUAAUUUCCGUUUUUUGAACUGAAUUUAUCUGGCAUGUGGACAUCAUUGGGCCAAAAAGGACUUUGAACUCUUAAAUUGGACCAGCGAACUGCUACAGUGCAACUCUCAUGCAGACCUAACAUUUGACUGUUGGAGCAAUGGAAGUAAACAUGUAUCUUUUGUUCAUUUUUAUAGAACUUUUGAAUACUAUGUUUGAUUUGUCUGCAGUAUGACUAGCUUUAAGUGUUUGUGCUUAUACAAAUAAGAAGUGCUAUUUCUCUCCUGUUCCUGCAGCCUUUGAAAAACAAAUUUUUUCCUUGCAAAUUACAUUAAGAUGUUUUUAAUAGAUUUUUAUCAACUGUGGGAAACUAACCACACAAGUAAUAAUCUUUCUUAGAAACAGCCCAGUCUUAGUUAAGAAGACAGGAGACUUAUUGCAGAAAUAUUUUUCCAAGGGAUUAGGAAAGAAAAAUUGCCUAUAUUCUCAAGUUAGAUGCACAUGAAGCAAAAAGUGAUCCCAAAGUAGAAUUUACGAGUUUGCACUUCCAAAAUUUGACGUUCUUUUAAAUUAUCUCAUGGAGUUUUUGCUAAAAUUCAACGAGACAAGAAGUUCAUAGUCUGCUUUAUUAUAGACAGGAAAUGUGAACACCUGUUAAGAUUAGCAUUAACUAAACCAUAGUGACCCAGACUGGCCACAUUAAUGUUCAUAGUUGGAUCUGCAUAUUUCCUAGGAAAAAGAAAAUCAUUAACCUUUUUUUGAGAAAAAUAUUUAAAAUGUCACAAUUUCAGUACUGCAGUUAUCAAUGUAAAAUGCAUUUGAUGCUUAGUAAUUAAAAUUUUCCCAAUUUUAACUGCUGUUGAGUUGACUUUUGCUGUUUUCAGUAUCACAUUUUCUUUAACUAGGUUCUGGUUUUAACUUGUAUUCCUGAUUUAUCCUAAGUUUUAAGAACAGAAAUCAUUUAGUAUAAAAAUCAGAAAAAAAAAAGGAUUAAGUGAAAGGCAAUUUGAGUUACAACAUUAUUUCCUUGUAUUAAAUUUAUUUGGUUAAUGUCGUGCUCUCUUGCCAGAGAAUCUGUAGGAAAAUGCUGUAUCCUGUAUUUUGAUCAUUUGCUUUUUCUGAAAAAACUGCCUCUGAUUUUGGACAAGCUCAGUUACACUUAUGAGAAAGGUGCCCUGUGGGGAGGAAAGUGUUGCCUUUUUUAAAAAAGGAGAAUUUUAGACUAAGUAAGAAAACACCAAACUGAUGUUAAUUGUUGGUUUUAAAGGUAGUGUUCAAUCAAAAAGGAGGUUAAUUUAAUAAACAUAUUUCUUAUAAGAUCAUGAUUUCUAAUCUCUGGAAUCAUGUAAAUUUGUUUUUCUUCAUUAAUACUUAAUCUUCUAGAGGAAUCCUCUCAGUAAUAAUUCAUUUCUGGCUGGGUUUUCAAACUUACCAAAGUGUUUUAGAAUAUUUUUUAUUGUAAUCCGUGGGUAGCAUCUUUUUUGCCUCUUUCAGUUUAGUUUUAUAAGUACACUAAUCUUGUUAAGGCAGAUAUAAUGCGUGCCUUCUGUUAAUAUCCAGUUUUUCCUAAUGAACAGGAUAGAUGAUGCUUUGGGAAUUAAAUUUUCUCACUGUUGAUUAAUCUCAGACCAUUAAUCUUCAGCCAGAUUCCCCAAAUUGUUUUCUUAUUUUUUGCCUCUCCCACCCCCAAGAUAAUUUUUAAUUUAAAUCAAUGUUGAGAGAUUUUUGUUGUUAGUUGUCUUAUUUAACUCCGAAGUGAUUAGGUACAGAACCAUCUUAUAUAAGCAGUUACUCUGUCAAAACAGCUAUACAGUGGAGUUGUGUUUAAUGCAAGAGCUUAGUUUUAGAGUUUGGUACCUGAAGAGUCAUGUAUAGCCAAAGUUUCCCUUGUAAAAAAAUUUUUCUUUAAAAUACAAUGUAUGUAGUUGUAUUUAUGCAUACUUUAAAAGCUGAAAAA